AUGGCCCACCCCCAGGGCCCGGCGGACGACAGCCAACCCAUGGGGGACCUCAGCCCCUGUGAGGGCACCCCAGGACCCAGCCGGGCCCCCGCCAGCCCGGCAGCCGCCAGACGGGCACUGCUUCGGGAGCUCGAAGCCGAGGUGCAGGCGGCCUAUGGGCAGGACCGGGAGCUGCGGCCAGAGGAGAUCGAAGAGCUGCAGGCGGCCUUCCAGGAGUUCGACCGCGACCGGGACGGCUACAUCGGCCACCGCGAGCUGGGCGCCUGCAUGCGGACGCUGGGCUACAUGCCCACCGAGAUGGAGCUCAUCGAGAUCUCCCAGCAGAUCAGCGGGAGGGUGGACUUCGAGGACUUCGUGGAGCUGAUGGGCCCCAAGCUGCUGGCGGAGACGGCAGACAUGAUCGGCGUCAGGGAGCUGCGCGACGCCUUCCGGGAGUUUGACACCGACGGGGACGGCCGCAUCAGCCUGGGAGAGCUCCGGGCGGCCCUCAAGGCCCUGCUGGGGCAGCGGCUCAGCCAGCGGGAGGUGGACGAGAUCCUGCAGGACGUGGACCUCAACGGGGACGGCCUGGUGGACUUCGAAGAGUUUGUACGAAUGAUGUCUCGCUGA